AUGGCGCUCCCGACCAAAUACCAAAAUGGCAGCAUUGACUCCUCUGCCAAGGGGGUGUACAGAGCGUCGCCCGUCAAGCUCAUGAUCUACGGAAAUGGAACCAGCAACCAGCUUUCGGAUGUCAUUGCCGAACUCGGUGCUACUAAAGCCUUUAUCAUCACCGGGCGGUCGUUGUACGAGAAGACGCCUGUGAUCAAGAACAUUGAGAAAGCACUUGGCUCUGCACAUGGUGGUACAUUCAGCAAGAUUGGACAGCAUGCGCCAAUUGGGGAUAUUAAAGAAGCCACAGCCUUGAUGGCAAAGUCAGGAUGCGACGUCCUCAUCUCAAUAGGUGGCGGAUCGCCUAUCGAUUCGGCCAAAGCGAUCGCGUACAAUAUCCAUGAGGAGACCGGGAAGUGGAUACCAAGUAUCGCCGUACCAACAACGCUCAGUGUAGCAGAGACGACACAGAACGCCGGCUUCACCACCAAGGAAAAGCACAAGAUCGCUGUGAGCGACCCUGAGCUUGUACCCAAGGCUGUUGUAUACGAUGGUGAACUUGCCAUAUACACACCUUUGAACCUAUGGACAAGCACAGGAAUCCGAUCAUUGGACCACGCAGUUGAGCUGAUGUACCACCCUCUCGCUGCUGAGAUUCCCACGAAACGCAUGUCUCUGGAGGCUAUCAAAGAUCUGUUCACGUACUUGCCGCAGUCGAAAGCCGACCCCGACAACGCGGAAGUGCGAACAAAGCUCUUCGUUGCGUGUUAUUCCUCACUUUUCCCUUUUCUAUACACCGGUGGAGUCGGUCUCAGCCACAGCAUAGGUCAUGCGAUAGGUGCUACCUAUAGCAUUCCGCAUGGUAUCACCAGCUGUCUCAGUCUAGCGCCGACAGUACACUUCAAGGCUAGCAACCCAGAGGAGGCAAAGCAGAUCGCGAGGAUCAUUCCUUACAUUGGGAAGCAAAGUACAGGCAGCGAUGAGAAGGACUCGCAUCUCGUUGCCGACGCUAUCGCCGAACUUGUUGAAGAGCUAGGGCACAAGACCACUUUGACAGCUUACAAUGUGCCGACCGGCGAUGCAGAAGAGGAAGCCAUCGCGUCACGUGCGCUACACAGUAAAGACCACAAGGAUUUUGCGAACUCGAAUCGUCCACGACUUCAAAGUACUCUUACCAAUUUUUUCAAAAUCACGACUCUCACGAUGCAACGUUCUCUUCUAUUUUCCGCACGCCGCCACGGCCCAGCGACGGGCUUGCGGUUCUUCUCUGCGAGCGCGUCUCGGCCAGCCAUCAACAAGAUCGUCUCCUCCGCACAAGAAGCCAUCAAGGACAUGAAGUCCGAUACGACAGUCUUAGUUGGUGGAUUUGGCUUUUCAGGAGUACCAAACACUCUCAUCAAUGCUCUACGCGACCGAAGUGACCUCAAAAACUUCACCGUUGUCAGCAAUAACGCCGGUAUGCCGGGUGUUGGGCUGGGACAACUCUUGGAGACAAAGCAGAUUGGCACGAUGAUUGCGAGUUACAUCGGAGAUAACAAGGUGUUUGAGCAGAUGUACUUGAAGGGUCAGCUGAGUCUGCAAUUGACUCCUCAAGGCACGAUUGCUGAGAAGUGCGCUGCUGGUGCUGCUGGUGUGCCAGCUUUCUACACACCAGCAGCAUACGGAACAAUUGUACAAACUGGUGAACUUCCUGUGCGCUACAACACCGACGGUACCAUCGCGAAAAUGGCUCCUCCAAAAGAAACACGCGAAUUCAACGGCAAAUCCUACGUGAUGGAAGAAGCCAUCUUUGGUGAUUACGCCUUCGUCAAAGUCGCAAAAGCCGAUCGGCUCGGUAACUGCCAGUUCCGAAAAGCACAGAACAACUUCAAUGAAGCAAUGGGCAAGAAUGCGAAGAUGACGAUUGUCGAAGCAGAUGAGAUUGUUGAGGACGGCGAGAUUGCACCAGAAGAUAUUCAUCUCCAGGGAAUAUACGUGAAGAGAGUGAUCAAGAGCACAGUUGGCAAGGAGAUCGAGAGGAAGGUGUUCUGGAAGAGUCCAGAGGAGCAGAAGAAGGCGCUCUUGGAAGGUGGUUCAACCGAAGCAUCACAGAAGCGCGAGCGCAUCAUCAAGCGCGCAGCUCAAGAAUUGAAGGAUGGCAUGUAUGUCAACCUUGGUAUCGGCAUGCCUCUAGCAGCGCCUGCAUUCUUGCCCGAGGGCACCGAGAUCGUGCUCGAGUCAGAGAAUGGAAUCUUGGGUAUGGGCCGGUAUCCCAAGCCGGGUGAAGAGGACCCUGACCUCAUCAAUGCCGGAAAGGAGACUGUUACCCUGAUCAAGGGCGCAUCAACGUUCGGCAGCCACGAGUCUUUUGGUAUGAUCCGAUCAGGACGCAUAGAUGUCGCCAUGUUGGGUGCUAUGCAAGUAAACCAAUACGGAGAUCUCGCAAACUUCAUGCUUCCCGGAAAGGUCAAAGGCAUCGGCGGGGCCAUGGACUUGGUCGCAAACCCUACACAAACCAAAGUCGUCAUCACCAUGGAACAUGUCGACAAGAAGGGCAACCCCAAGAUUCUAAAUCAAUGCACAUUCCCCCUCACCGGACAGAAGUGCGUCAGCACCAUCAUCACAGACCUGGCCGUAUUCGACUGCGAUCGCGUUGAAGGACUAACCCUGAAGGAGCAUGCAAAGGGUGUUACUGUCGAUGAGAUCAGAAGCAAGACGGAAGCGCCGUUCAAGGUUAGCGAGGACUUGAAGGAGAUGAGCGUAUAG